UAUACUUUUUUUGUUUUCAUUUUAUUUUUUUUGCUUUCAACAUUGAACUGCAAUGGAAACAAUAGAGAAGAGCUGCAACAAAGAGCAGCUAGAAAAUGAAAAAAGUUUAUUCAUAAUUAAUUAUGUCGAAAAUUACCCGUGCAUAUAUAAUAAGCAUUUAAAUGCUUACAAAAACGCUGUUAAGAAAGACGAAUUUUGGGAAGAACUGAAACAACGAUAUCGAGAAAAAUUUGAAGAUGAAAAUAGCAUCACUGCCAACGCUAUCAAAUCAAAAUGGAAUUAUUUGAAACAACAGUUCAUGACGGAGCUCAAGAAAAGAAAUAAAUAUAUUCCGAGUGGAUCUGAAGCCCAAGAACAUCAAAAUGGAUUUGAAUUUUACGAUGAAAUGAAAUUUUUAAUUCAACAUGUUGGACACAAUUGGACAAGCGGAAGCAUUGACUUACCAUCGAACAAUGCGUUUGCCAAUGUAAGCAGUACUGCUUACGACAUAAAAAAUACUGUUCAUGCUGAUGAUGCCACUGUCCAUGAUUGUGAUGAAGAAGAAGGAGAAUCAUCAUCAGUUGAAAUGAAGACUAAAAGUGAUGAUAAAAAGGGGGAAGCAGUUGCCGAUAAAAUUGUCAGUCUCGAUUAUGUUGAAAAUCUUCAUACACCAUCUGAUAUUCUUCAAUGUGGUCAGAAUAUUCAAAUUCUUUUGAAUAACGUUUUAAAUGAGCACAAAGAAAAUGGUUUAGAACAAAUCUCUGGCAACGAAAAAAUAAUUAUUCGAGCAUUCCGUGAUUUGACAGAAAAUGUAAAAUUGAUUAAAUUUAAUGCGAUUAUGGUCAUUCUAGAAAAAAUAAAUAAAUAAGUACAUAAACAAUGUAAGUUCUUUUUUUGUACCGACUUACAAUUUUUUAAAAUAUACCGUAAAAUGGGGUAAAGUCGGCGAUUAUUACAAAAUUAUUUUUAAUUUUUCGUUUUUUCUUUUCUGAGAAAAAAAUUCCUUUUUUGAUGAUUAAUUUGGUUUGUAUAGAUGUCGAAUAUUAUUUUAAUAUUUGUUUGAUCCAUGUUCAGUGGAAAAUUUUAGUAAAAUUAGUGUUUUUAUACAAAUGUCUAUUUUCGUCUUCACAAAGUAGUUUUGAAAACAUGCUUCUAGAACUCUAUUUAAAAAUUUUUAUAACAAAUUAAGAAUUUAAAAAUAAAAUAUAUGCAAAUAUUAUUGAAUUCGGGGGAAAAGUCGGCGAUAGUGAAAAACUAAAGAAAAUUACCAUACUUUACUUUUAGACUUAUUUCUGAUGAAUAAAAUGUCAAAGAAAGGAAUAUUUUUCCUAAAUUAGAAUAAAAACAUCAGUA